AUGUCUAACGACCCGCCAUCUCCCGUAUCCCCACCACUUUCUUAUCUUGAGCUCGUCAAGAUAUGCGACAAUUUUCGCCUACCAUCUGACUUUGACUUUCCUCAUGUCUUUCAAAAGCCUUUGGAUAGAGACUCUUUCGUCCCGUGGACACUAUCGCAGUCUCCAGGAAGUCCUGCUGUUGGGCUCUUGAGGCUUGACAUAGUAGAUCUCCUUCGAAAAGAGAAACCUGGGACAUGGGUCAUUCCAGAACCUCAGGCUGGGUGCCGUGUCAGCUUUGAUGCGUCAGUCAAUACCCCGAGAAAGCGCAGUGCAGUGCUGAAAGAGCUCUGUGAGCGCUGGCGCGACACUGGCGUGUUCCCUGCGAGCAUUGGGCCCCGGAAAUGGCGGAACGAGAUGUACCCUGUGUACCGGAAUCCCUUUGGAGAAUUGGGAAACUACGCCUUUGAGAUGGAGCGCGCCGCGUGUCCUCUUUUUGGCGUCAUAACAUAUGGGAUACAUAUGACUAUCUAUCAAGGGAUCGCCAGCAGCCCAGAAGUGAAGAUUUGGGUCCCAACGCGGGCGAAGACGAAGCAGACGUGGCCAAGCUGGUUGGAUAAUAGCGUUGCUGGUGGGAUACCCAGUGGCAUGUCUGUCUUCGAGAGCCUUGUCAAGGAGUGCGAGGAGGAGGCCAGUAUAGAAGCAGACAUCGUGAGGAAUCAUGCCAAACCCGUCGGAGCAAUCAGCUAUUUCUUCAGAUACGUUUACGAUCUCGAGGUACCGAAUGAUACUCCGUUCCAGCCCCGUCCAUUAGACGGCGAGGUGGAGUCUUUUGAUUUGCUAUCGCUGGAUGAAGUGAAAGCAAAGAUGAGGCAGGGAAUCUUCAAGCCCAAUUGCGCUGCUGUCCUCAUUGACUUCUUUGUCCGACACGGCCACUUGACACCUGAUGAUGAGCCCGAUUAUAUGGAAAUCAUCACGAGAUUACAUGGGAGAUUCGAAUAUGAAAGAUGGUGCCAACAGGUAUGA